UCGGACACCUGGCCUGCUUUAGCUGAUUUUUCGUCGGGCUGUCUCUGAAAAGCAGCCACUUCUGGACACGACCAUCCUGUUAGGAUGGGUUAUCUAAAACAAAUUGAUGUUGAAAACUUCAAGUCAUGGCGUGGGAAACAAGUUAUCGGUCCUUUUAUGCGGUUCAACUGUAUUAUUGGCACAAAUGGCUCUGGGAAGUCCAACGUGAUGGACGCCCUGAGCUUCGCUUUGGGGGAGCGGGCAGCCGCUCUCCGGGUGAAGCACCUCAGAGACCUGGUUCACGGAGCGCACAUCGGUAAGCCGGUGUCCACCACCGCCAGUGUGGCCCUACGCUACUGCGAUGAAGAGGACAGAGAGGUGGUGUUUUGUCGGAAAGUAACCGGGGACUCGUCUGCCUAUCACAUUAACGGUGCUCAUGUUGUGCAUUCUAAAUACGUUGAAGAACUUGCGAAGAUUGGCAUCGUGACCAAAGCUCAGAACUGUCUGGUGUUUCAGGGGGAGGUAGAGUCCAUUGCUUUGAAGGACCCAAAGGAGAGAACCAAGAUGUUGGAGACCAUCAGUCAGUCCAAGGAAUUGGCCGCUGAAUACCAAAAGAAGAAAGAAGACCUGAUGAAGGCUAAAGAGGACACACAGUUUCACUUCAACCAGAAAAAAUCUGCCACUGCGGAAAGAAAACAAGUGUCUCAAGAAAAGAUAGAGGCUGAAAAAUACCAGACUCUGUUAGACGACCUUGAUCAGAAACACCUGCAGCUGAGCCUUUCUGAACUUUAUUUCAAUGAAAAAGACAUAGGUGUUAUCAGUGACCUGCUGAAGGAAAGACAGCAUUCUGCAGCAGCUAAGAACAGUGAAGUGAUGAACUUGGAGCAAACGGUUAAAGCCCACAAGAAGGAGCACGGACGCCUCACCAGGGAGCAGCAGCACAUUGACAAAGCAAUCCGCGGUCAGGAGCACACACUGUCCCAGACUCGGUCUCAAUACAUCAAAGCCAAAGUGAACUCCUCUCAUCUCCUCAAGAAGGCUGAAGAGAUGCAUGACGCUGUGAAAAAGAGCCAGAAGCUGAUGGCCAUUAAAGAACAGGAAAUGGCAGAGGGUUGGCAGGAAGUUGCUGAACUUGAAAGAACUUGGAAGAACUAUGAGAAGCAGAUCCAGGAAGAAGUAGCUGCACGAGGAAGAGACAUUGAGUUUGACAAGGAACAGUUGGACAGAUACGAGGAGUUGAAGCAGCUGGCCCAGAAGCAGGGGGCUGUGCUCAGCCAGCAGGCAGAGAAAAUGCAUUGGGAAUUGAAAGCAGACUCUGAAAAGAUGUCUUUUGACCUGCGCAGAAAAAAGGAGGUUGAGGUUGACAUCAGGAACAGUCAAAAUCGCCUGGAAGAAUUGGCAAAUAGAGCAGAGAAAUUAGAAGAAUACAUCAAAACUUGCAAGUCAUCCCUUGAGGAUUACGCUGAGCAGGAGAAGAGCCUGACAGCAGAGCUCCAGCAUGUUUCUCAGCGUACCAAAGAGGUGAACGAAGAGCUGGGCGAGGUGAUGGAGGAGCUGAGGAAUGCACGUCUGGACAGCCAUGAGAGUAAACGGCAGCAGCGGCGCAGAGAGCUGCUCGAGAAGCUCCACAGGCUCUAUCCAGAAACUGUUUUUGGACGGCUUUCUGACCUGUGUAGCCCAAUCCAUAAGAAGUACCAGCUGGCUGUCACCAAGGUGUUUGGCAACAACAUGAACGCAAUUGUGGUGGCAUCUGAGAAAGUAGCACGUGAAUGUAUCACUUUCAUCAAGGAGGAACGAGCUGAACCGGAGAUGUUCCUGCCCAUUGACUACUUAAUUGUGAAACCUCUAAAUGAACGACUGAGGGAGAUUCCAGGCGCCAAGUUGGUGGCCGAUGUUGUACAGGUCACUGCUGCCUCAGGGGCUGGCCAGCUAAGGAAAGUGGUGCAGUAUGUUUGUGACAACGCUUUGGUGUGUGAAACUAUCAAAGAUGCCAGGAGUGUGGCUUUUGACAGAAAGGAGCGCAUUAAGACAGUCAGCUUGGACGGGACACUGUUUAAAAGAUCAGGGGUGAUCUCUGGAGGUUCCAGUUAUCUACAGACCAAAGCUCGCGCCUGGGAUGAGAAGGACUUGAUACAUUUAAAAGAACGCAAGGAAAAGCUGACCACUGAGUUUCGAGAUUUAAUGAAACUAAAGAGAAAGGAAUCAGACUUGAAUCGGAUCAUUGUACAGUCUCAAGGAGUUCAGACACGCCUGAAAUACACCAAAAAUGAAUUUGAAAACCUCCAGAAAAAAGAAAUCCCGAGAUGCCAAGCGGGGAUCUCACAGAUGGGGAGUGAAUUAGCAAACAUUGACUCUCAGAUUCACAUGCAGCAGGAAAGCUUUGAGGCAAAGAACGCAGAGAUGAACAAGAUUAAACACCGGAUUGAUCAGAUUGAGGACUUGGUGUUUUCAGACUUCUGUGCUGAGAUCGGUGUGGAAAACAUAAGAGAGUAUGAGCAGAAGCACUUAAAGCAGCAGGCAGAGCUUGACAAGAAACGGUACGACAAUAAUGAACUUAACCAACUAAAUUAUUGAUGCUUUCCCUGACAAUUACUGUAUAUACUGAUGACUUACUGUAUUAAUGUGUGUAUAUUGCAAGAUAUUAAGCCCAAAAACCACCCAUAAAGUUGGGUGGGUUGUAUUAUGCUAAGGAGUAAAUUUUGACAGAUUUUUUUGUAAUUUACUACCACGAUUCAGCAUUUUCUUAUAUAAAACAGAAAAAUUGUUUUGCAGGGGAAAAUAAAUAAUAAUUUUAUCCCUCCCACUGCGUAUAAAGAUAAACACUAG